AUGUGCAUGAUCCAUUGGAAGGUAAAAACUGCCGAGCAGGACAGAGUGGGGGCAGUUGCUGGAGAGAUGUCCUCGAGGAGCCCCAGCCUUCCCGGGGCCCCGGUUCCGGCCCCACCUGCCAGGCCCCGGGCCGCCCCGCCCCCGCCGCGGCCGGCUUCCAUCCCCGGCCCCGCACCCCGCACUCGCCGCCACCGGGGGCCUGUCGCUCGCGGCUCCUGCGAGCGACCUGUUUCCGGUGGGGCAAGGGCGUCUCCGCCGCGGCCCAGCUCCGGCACACUCAGCAUCGCCGGCGGCGGCCAGAUGCAGGCGGAGCGAGGAGCUCGGGGCGGCCGCGGGCGCCGGCCGGGCCGCGACCGGCCGGGCGGGGACCGCGACCGCGAGCGGGCGGGAGCCGCAGCGGCGGUGGCGAGAGGCGGCGGGGACGGAGGCGGCCGCCGGGGUCGCGGUCGGGGCUUCCGCGGCGGCCGCGGAGGGCGAGGAGGAGGAGGCGCCCCGCGAGGAGGCCGCCGGGAGCCAGGAGGCCGGGGCGCCUGGGCCAGAGCGCCGGUUGAAGAUGACAGUGAUGCAGAGACCUUUGGAGAAGAGAAUGAGGAACAGGGAAAUUAUUCUAAAAGAAAGAUAGUCUCUAACUGGGAUCGAUAUCAAGAUAUUGAAAAAGAGGUCAAUAAUGAAAGUGGAGAAUCACAACGGGGGACGGACUUCAGUGUCCUCCUCAGCUCUGCAGGGGACUCAUUCUCUCAGUUCCGCUUUGUCGAGGAGAAGGAGUGGGAUGGUGAAGCGUCGUGUCCAAAACAGAAUUCGGCAUUUUAUGUGGACUGUGAGUCAUUGGUUCGCGCCCUUCAAGAACUGCCUCUCUCGCUCCGACUCAAUGUCGCUGCUGAAUUGGUCCAGACCACCCUUCCUUUAGAGCUUCCUCAGGUGAAACCAAAGAGAAAUGAUGAAGCCAAGGGACGAGGGAUGCAGUUAAAAGGGCCCUUGGGGCCUGGAGGAAGGGGGUCCGCUGAGCUGAAGUCUGUUGCUGCUGGCUGCCCCAUGUACCUGGGUAAAGAUAGCCCAGGUCCCACAAAGGGUUCCCGGGAACCCACUGGCCCACUGCAGUCAGCAGCAGGCCCCUUGGAGGAAGAGUUAGAUCUUCUGCUGAGUUUAGAUGCACCUAUAAAAGAGGGAGAGAACAUCUUACCAGACCAGACAUCUCAGGACCGAGGAUCUGAGAAAGAUGGGGAGGUGGCCCCAGAAGAAAAAGCUCCUGCAGAGCCCUCUGUGGUGGAAGAAAAGAACGUGGAACCGGAGCAAGCAAGUACAUCAAAAACUGUUACCGAGGAAGAGCUUGAAGACUGGUUGGACAGCAUGAUUUCCUAACGUAUAGAAAGAAAAAUGAAAAGAAGUGCCUGAAGCAAAUUUUGGUGGCCUUGUCAGCAAGGGCAGGCCCAAGGCUGUCCUUCCAGAACAGCUGGUUUACAAGCAUGCCCCAUGCCAGUGUGUUCCGUCAACGCUUGCCGCGGUACAGCCUACCUCUGUGUUCCACAACAUGAGACUAUACCUUUAAGAGGCUCCUUGCAUUUGUUCUCUGGCUUAGUGAUCUAGUAGAUCCCUUAAGGGCAGGGGAUGUUAGGGCUCUUGUUUCCAGCCUCCUUCCUUUCAAUGUUUACGGCAGAGCAGGUGCUGCUGAUAGACACAAGCAACAAGGCAUGCAUUUGGCCCAAAUAAAUGAACGCUGGUG